AUGUAAAAAUCCGAUAACCAUUGGUUAAAGCCCGCCCACUGCGGUUGUCAUGUACACAGGCCAACUGAAACUGUAAACAAACCAAACGAUCGAUAUUAUUCCAUCCUCUAAGUAAAAGACGUGCAGCUUUCGCCGAACAAGCAUCUCUAGAAAAAAACAAAUUAUUAAAAAAACAACCAAAUUAAAAAAAAAUUAAAAGGCGGGAAAUAUUUCAAUAGUGGUUCAGGCGGGAAAUGCUGGUUUUCGUUCGGGAACGCGAAUGAAUAGUGCCGUGGUUCGCGAUCGGGAUCGUUCGAAAUUCAAACUGUGGAACAACGUGGCGUCCUGCAUGGAGAAAUGGUUCGGUGAUAAACGGCUGUGGUUAUUUGGUAACAACCUGCCGUUGCUGCCGAGGAGAUCGCGCGCGAGCAGCCGCGCGAUGGAGCGAUACGAGAAGCUCGCGAAGCUCGGCGAGGGCUCGUACGGGCUCGUGUACAAGUGUCGAAACAGAGACACGGGCGAGAUCGUCGCCGUCAAGAAGUUCGUCGAGAACGAGGACGACCCGCUCAUACGCAAGAUUGCGCUCAGGGAAAUACGCAUGCUCAAGAAUCUAAAACACCCAAACCUGGUGAACCUAAUCGAGGUGUUUCGGCGCAAGCGCAAGCUGCACCUCGUAUUCGAGUACUGCGACCACACGGUGCUGCAUGAAUUAGAAAAAUAUCCUUCUGGUUGCCCAGAACUCCUCUCCAAGCAAAUCAUCUGGCAAACGCUCCAAGGCGUAGCAUACUGCCACAGGCACAACUGCAUCCAUCGAGACGUCAAGCCGGAGAACAUCCUGCUCACCAGCGAUGGAGUUGUCAAGCUCUGCGACUUCGGCUUCGCGAGGAUGAUCAGUCCAGGCGAGAGCUACACGGACUACGUGGCGACGCGGUGGUACCGCGCGCCAGAACUGCUGGUCGGUGAUACCAUGUACAGCACUCCCGUUGACGUUUGGGCUAUUGGCUGUGUGUUCGCGGAGCUACUGUCAAGCGAAGCAUUAUGGCCGGGCAAAAGCGACCUGGAUCAACUGUACCUCAUCAGGAAAACCCUCGGCGAUCUGCUACCGAGGCAUAUGACGAUAUUCUCGCAAAACACAUUUUUUCAGGGCAUGGCGUUGCCAGAACCAACGACACUAGAGCCCCUUGAAAAAAAGAUUCCGCAAAGAUACGUGAAUAAUGAAUUGGUUUUAGAUUUUUUAAAGAAAUGCCUAGAUAAGGACCCGAUGAUGCGGUGGACGUGCGAGCAACUACUGAGGCAUCCCAUCUUCGAGAACUUCCUCUUCACAGUGCCUCACACGGACCACGACGACUUCGAGAAGGCCAGGAGGGUACAGCAAGAAUAUGAAGAUCAACAAAAACAGAGGGAACCAUCCUUCAUAGCAGCAGCGUCAACAACUACCAACUCCACCGAAGUGUCGUCAAAGAAACGUAAAAAAAAAUGACUGAGAACAAUAAUAAGUGGCAUGGCCCUAUUGCUUACAAUAGGUGCAAUCAUCCCCAAUGCUGCCACAGCUGAUAGUGACAGAGCGGUCGCAGCCCAAGAAGAAGUCCGAGCUGGAGUCGCGCGGACACCUGCCCACCAUAUGACUAGCGCCGCCCGCGCGACAGCGGAUUUAAUAUUAAACGUUUCUUCUUAUUUA